AACAGAAAAUCAAAUAGAAAAUACAACGUGCGUUUGGUAUUUCUGUUGCCUGAUGUAAAGUCCACUAUUAAAAAAAGUCACAGAAGAGAAUUGAAGAAGUCCUCAGGAUAGCAACAAAUAUAUGCAAAAUCCAUCUCUCUAGAGAGAUAUAUUGAUAGUAAAUAGGACUAUCCAUUUUUGAAGGAAGACUAAAUUUGAAGAAAAUACCUCAGAGUCUCUGGGAAAAUACAGUAUUUCUGCCAUUUUUUUUUCUUGGGGUAACAGAAAAACGCUUAAAGAAGGAAACUCAAGGUCCAUUAAUUGCAAUGUUAUUUCAUUUAUAUUCGCCUUUAACUGCUGUCUUCAGCCCGCCCAAUAUCCAAAUUUAGAGCUUUCAUACACACUACUGAAGGCAACGGAGGCUGCAGCGAGUGGUCCACCGGCUGCGGGGAAGGCGAGCUGCGGGAGCCCGUUCCCUGCCCCAUUCCAGGCGGGAAGGGUCAGAGGGAUUUUGCAGAUGUUCCGCCUUCGGGACAAACGGCCUGAGGGGCCAGACGCAUCGAACAAAAAAAAGGAAGAGCCGCACCGCCGCCUCUCCCAAAAAGGAAUAUCUCCAAGGCUCCCUGACAUCAUGUCAAUAGGAUCACAUUCAUUCUCCCCAGGAGGUCCUAAUGGGAUUAUUAGAAGUCAGUCCUUUGCUGGCUUCAGCGGGCUUCAGGAAAGACGGUCCAGGUGUAACUCCUUUAUUGAAAAUUCCUCCGCGCUCAAGAAGCCCCAAGCAAAGGUGAAGAAAAUGCAUAAUUUGGGCCAUAAGAACAGCACCACACCCAAAGAACCCCAGCCCAAAAGGAUGGAAGAGGUCUACCGAGCCCUGAAGAGUGGCCUGGAUGAGUAUCUGGAAGUUCACCAGACAGAGCUGGAUAAGCUGACUACUCAGUUAAAAGACAUGAAAAGAAACUCACGCCUGGGAGUCCUGUAUGAUUUAGAUAAGCAAAUCAAAGCGGUUGAAAGAUACAUGAGAAGGCUGGAGUUCCACAUUAGCAAGGUGGACGAGCUUUAUGAAGCCUAUUGCAUCCAAAGACGUCUCUGUGAUGGUGCCAGCAAAAUGAAGCAAGCUUUUGCAAUGUCUCCUGCCAGCAAAGCAGCUCGAGAGAGUUUGACCGAAAUCAACAGGAGCUACAAGGAGUACACAGAGAACAUGUGUACCAUAGAGGCAGAGCUGGAAAAUCUGUUGGGGGAGUUUUGCAUCAAGAUGAAAGGUCUGGCUGGAUUCGCUCGGCUCUGCCCAGGUGAUCAAUACGAGAUUUUCAUGCGUUACGGUCGCCAGCGCUGGAAACUGAAAGGCAAGAUAGAAGUGAAUGGCAAGCAAAGCUGGGAUGGAGAAGAGAUGGUUUUCCUCCCUCUCAUUGUUGGACUGAUCUCCAUUAAGGUCACAGAAGUUAAAGGGCUUGCUACUCAUAUCCUCGUGGGAAGUGUAACCUGUGAGACAAAAGACCUGUUUGCAGCUCGGCCUCAGGUGGUUGCAGUAGACAUUAAUGAUCUUGGCACAGUAAAGCUGAACCUUGAGAUCACCUGGUACCCCUUUGAUGUUGAAGACUUGACCCCAUCCACAGGAAAUGUGAGCAAGGCAUCUGCUCUCCAGAGGAGAAUGUCCAUGUACAGCCAAGGCACUCCUGAAACACCAACCUUCAAGGACCACUCAUUCUUUAAAUGGCUGCAUCCCCUGCAAGACAGGCCAAAGUUGACAAUCUUAGAUGCUCUUCAAGACACUUUCUUUGACAAGCUUCGUCGCAGUCGCUCUUUUAGUGACCUGCCAUCGCUCAGGCUAAGCCCAAAAGCAGGGCUAGAGCUAUAUUCAAAUUUGCCAGAUGAUGUCUUUGAAAAUGGGACAGCGGCCACUGAGAAGCGGCCUCUCUCCUUCACUUUUGGUGACCUGCCUUACGAAGCCGCCGUGCCCCCCGCCAACUCAGCAGAGUCCUCGUCUGCUCAUGUCAGCUCCAGCCCCGACAUCACUGCGACCCCCACCCAGCACCGAGCCCUGGAGUCCUCCCAGAGCUCAAGCCUGGACUGUAGCAGCAGCGACUCCCGCAGAGACUCUGUUGCUGAGCCAAAGGACCUGCUGUCCCACGGAGAGGGAGCGGGGGCUGAGAACAAGAACACCCCGAGGGCGGCUCCUGAAGUUUGCCAAAAGAUCUCUGAUGCUGGGAGCGAUCGUGUCUUUGUAGAAACGAGUGUCCCGGUGUCUCUCCUGCAGGACACGGAUGAAGGUUCAGAACUCAAGCCUGUGGAGCUGGAUACCUAUGAGGGCAACAUCACAAAGCAGCUGGUCAAAAGGCUUACAUCAGCAGAGACACCUCUGACCCCAGAGAGGCUGCCGUGUGAGGGAUCCAUUAGUGGGGAAUCAGAAGGAUAUAAGUCUUAUCUCGAUGGAAGCAUUGAGGAAGCCUUGCAAGGGCUUCUCUUAGCUCUUGAGCCACAUAAAGAGCAGUAUAAAGAGUUUCAGGACCUGGAUCAAGAAGUGAUGCAUCUAGAUGACAUCCUAAAAUGCAAGCCAGCAGUAAGCCGAAGCAGGUCCUCCAGUUUAAGUCUAACAGUUGAAAGUGCUUUAGAAAGCUUUGAUUUCCUGAACACCUCUGACUUUGAUGAUGAGGAUGGUGGUGGUGUGGAGGUUUGUAAUGGUGGAGGAGGUGCAGACUCAGUAUUUUCAGAUACUGAGAUUGAGAAGAAUAGUUACAGGACAGAACACCCAGAAGCCAGAGGCCACCUGAGCGAAGCUCUCACCGAGGACACGGGCGUGGGCACCAGCGUGGCUGGCAGCCCUCUGCCCCUGACCACAGGCAACGACAGCCUCGAUAUAACCAUAGUUAAGCACUUGCAGUAUUGCACCCAGCUCAUUCAGCAAAUUGUGUUCUCCAGUAAAACACCAUUUGUGACAAGAGACCUUCUGGAUAAACUGUCCAGGCAGAUCCUUGUGAUGGAGAAUAUUGCGGAGAUCAGCACUGAGAACUUGGGAAAUAUCACCUCUCUUACUGAUGCAAUUCCAGAGUUCCACAAGAAGCUGUCACUGCUGGCUUUCUGGAUGAAGUGUACUGGCCCUUCAGGAGUGUAUCACACCUCUGCAGACAAGAUGAUGAAACAGUUGGAUAUCAAUUUUGCCACCACUGUGAAUGAGGAGUGUCCAGGACUUGCAGAAACAGUAUUCAGGAUCCUGGUGUCUCAGAUCCUGGACCGGACGGAGCCUGUCCUCUACUCCAGCAUGUCCUCCGAGACCAUCACUGUCUUUCAGUAUUACGACUACUUUGCCAGCCACAGUGUCAAUGACCUUGGAAGCUAUUUGCUGCAGCUUGCAAAAGAAGCAUCUGUGGUUCAGGUGCUGCAGUCAGUGAAAGACGGAAAACUGCAGCAAAAUGUGUCCAAAAUAAACUCCAAUAACCUUCCACCACAGCAGGAAGUUUUAAGAGCUUUGGCUUUACUUCUCAAUGAAAAUAAAAAUGAAGUCAGUGAGACUGUGGCAUCACUUCUGACAGCAACUGCAGAAAACAGGCACUUCAGGGAGAAGGCCUUGAUUUAUUACUGUGAAGCACUAACCCAGCCCAACCUCCAGCUGCAGAAAGCAGCUUGCUUGGCUCUAAGAUACCUCAAGGCUACUGAGAGCAUUAAAAUGCUGGUCACGCUCUGCCAGUCUGACAAUGAAGAGAUCAGAAAAGUGGCAUCUGAAACCCUGCUCUCCCUUGGUGAAGAUGGGAGACUGGCAUAUGAACAGCUGGACAAAUUUCCCCGGGAAUUUGUUAAAGUUGGAAGCCGCCGUGGAACUGAAGCUGCCACAGCUUUUUAGAUGGAAAAGGACCUGUAACAUUUAACAGGCAUUAAAGUAGGAUGGAGCUGCACUUUAGUGUGGGGAACAAAAGGAAGACUUUAACAAAUUCUAUGAGAAUGUUCCAAAAUGUAGCAAUUUACAGACUUCUUCAAGAAAAGCAAAAUCUAAAAUCCAGCUUAAGGAUUCCUAUUGGCUCCUUGUUGCAGCUCAUGAUGGAACAGUUGGAUGCUGAGGAACAAUACUUUAUUGACUGAUUCUAAACAAAUAAUGUAAUUGCAGUUAUUCAGCCUCAAUAGACUUCUGUGAGGUUUUUAGAAUUUGGCAUCUCCAUAUAUUUUCCUAUUACAUUUACUUCCUUGAAGUUGUUGUGAGAGCUUGAGAUGUGUGAUACCGUAUCUAACAAGGACACUCAGGAGGCCACCUGAGCAGGCAUGCAAAGUUUUCCCUUGAAUCCCAAAUGAAGUGUCUGCUGCCAUGCAGUGUCCUCAGCAACACUCCAGUGGCAGGAAACGCUGCUCAGCUUUCUCAGUUGUGUCUUGGUAAUGAAAUACAGGGAAAGUUCUGCAAGUUUUGCCUGGAGAAACAGCAUGAUGUGAACCCUGGGAGGUGUCACUUUGGUGACUCAUUCUAAAUGCCUACACUGGUCUUUUAUUCCCUUCUCUUGCCCUCCAGCAGCAAACUAUCAUUAAUCCAGCAAUUUCUGAGGGGGAUCAAACAAUCAUGUAGGUUUCUGAAAGCUAAAUGAAAAGGUAAGGUGCAUUUAUUUAUUCUGAGAAGAAGGAGUGAAUACUGCUAAUUGCACGUUUCCCCAAAGCCAUUUUGUCCUGCAAGUUGCAGGCAGGAUUGGAUUUGGUACAUUCUAAUUAGAGGAGCAUAGUUUCUAUAGAGUGAUUUCAAUAUAAAGAACAGAACAAACUCAAGUGCACCUUGGAGGCAGCAAUAAACAGAGGGGGAAAUGAAUGCAUCUCCCCUCCCUGCACUGCAAGGUUGAAAGAGAGUACUUCAAACUGUUGAUUACAAGCCUUAAGUUAACAGAGGUGAAUAGAAUUUAACAGAAGAGUGUUCCUGUACUGUGUUCAUUAUGCAUGAAAUGCUAUUUAGAUGUCAAUUGAAGUAUCCAAAUUUGCAUAGAUGACAUAGAAAAUAUUGCAAACAGUUCACAUCAAGAGGAAACCUUGUGAGCCAAACACUUUGGCAGGCAGGGGUCAUUUGUUUUGUUUUGUUUUUUACUGUGAAUGUUACAAGAAUGUACAUAUCUGUAUAUUUAUAAAUAUAUAUAUUCUUCCUUUAAUUAAAGAAGUACAUUUUGUACAGUGCAAAAUGCUUACUUGUUUACUGAGGGAUAAAACUCUUUUUGCAGAAGGUGAAAUAGCCAUGUUAUGGUUUUUAUACUA